AUGACUACAAAAAAUAAGGGUGCUGGAAGGGUUGCAUGGAGUAGUGAACAAUUUAACUUGUUUGUUAAAAUUUGUGUUCGAUGCACUAAUUUGGCCAAGAGAAAUGGUGGUGGAUGGGGUGACAAAGGAUAUACAUGGUUACAAAAUGAAUUGAGGCAAGUUGGUGUAGAGUAUACUAAAGAACAAUUAAGGCACAAGUGGGAUUGGAUGAAAGAUCAAUGGAAGAUGUGGAAAGCAUUAAAAGGGAAUGAAACAGGAUUAGGAUGGGAUCCCAUAAAAGGCACAGUUAUUGCUCCUGAUGAGUGGUGGAAUGAAAAAAUUAAGUGUUUUGAUUUUUAUAUGUAUUAUGAAAAUUCAAAUUUUGCAAGAUUUCGAGAGAAAGGAAUUGGACAAGAGCUUUAUGAAAACUAUCAAGAAUUAUUUCUAGAAACUGUGGCUACUAGAGAAUUUGCAUAUGCACCAUCAUCUGGAGUUUUACCUAAUGAAACUCAGGAGACGCAACAAUUUAAUACCGCAGAUCAUGUUGAGGAGAAUAUUAAUGCAGAAUCUAAUUUUGAUGAUGAUUUAAAUGAAAUGAUGAAUGCUGGUUUUGGAUCUGGAGGUUCAUUCAGUCAAGCAGUAGGUGAAAAUGUGGGUUUAGAGAAUACAAAAAAUGAUAAUAGUCAACAUAACGUGCAAAAACAAAAGAGGAAAGAGUUGUCUAAUGACCCUGCAACAAAGAAAAAAAAAGGAUAA